AUGGAAACCUCACCAUCAGGCAACCCGAAUCUCAGCCCUUCUCCACCCGCCGCUGCAGGGAUAGAUCCGCUGUCUCCAAGAGCUUCGACUAAACUCACCAUGCGGACCCCUGCGAUGGUGUCCCCUUCUCGCCAUGUUUAUUCCCGCUCAUCUUCGCUCCCCACGCCGACCGCUUCGCCACUUUCCUCCCCCACCAGAAGCCCCUCUCAACUGGGGAGAGCGCAGCUCAAUGCGGCUUCCUCGGCCACCGCCGGAACAUCAGCUGGAGCUACAGCUCCAACAGUGCCUGCAACAGAGGAGCCAGAAGAGGAGACCAAUCUGGAAGAAGUGGCUGAACGAGCAAAGUUAGGUGACGCUAGAGCGCAGACCAAGAUGGGACGCUUCUUCUUGGCUCUGGCCCAAGAACGAGACGAGGAGCUAAACAACUGCACGGCGGUCACCUGGCUGGUCCAGGCUGCUAAACAGGGCCGCAAGGAUGCCGUGAGACUGCUGCAGCAAUGCCUAAGCUCUAGGCAAGGUAUCACACUUGAGAACUUUGAGGAGGUGAAAAAGCUGUGUACGGAAACUCGUUUUGAGAGGGGAGUUCGGAAAGCGGCUCUGCUCAUGUACUGGAAGUUGAACCCGGAAAAGAAGAGGUCGGUGGCAGUUUCAGAGAUGCUAGAGAACGUGGAACAUGUCCACACAGUUCAAGACAAGCCACUUUCCCAAGGCCCACUUAACAGCUCUACUAAGAAGCAGAGGAGAGUCCUGGAAACAAUGGUGACCAGUGAGUCCAUCUCCCAUUUGGGGAUGGAUGAAUUUGUGGAAAUGACAAAGAAGUACGCUCAAGGAAUGGCGCCACCUCCCGCCAUGGCGGCCGUGUCAACCAGCGAUGAAGAUGACGAUGACGACGUGGUGGUGAAGAAUCCAGAUGACCUGCCACUACACCAAAAGCUGCUGAAGUUCCCGCUUCACGCGCUGCUGGAGAUCAAGGAGCACCUCAUCGACUGGGCGUCACGGGCGGGCAUGCAGUGGCUUAGCGCCCUAAUUCCCACGCACCAUGUCAACGCACUCAUCUUCUUCUUUAUAAUCUCCAACCUCACCAUAGAGUUCUUCAUCUUCCUCAUUCCUUUGCUAAUUUUCUACCUCUCCUUCUUCUCCAUGGUUAUUUGCACGCUGCGGGUAUUCCAGAAUUCCAAAGCUUGGGAGAACUUCAGGGCUCUGACUGAUUUGUUGGCUCAUUUUGAGCCCGCUCUCGAUUUGGAGCAAGCCGAGACCAACUUUGGAUGGACCCAUUUGGAGCCCUAUCUAUAUUUCUUGCUCUCGGUGGUGUUUGUGGUCUUCUCCUUCCCUGUUGCUGACAAGUCAUGGAUCCCGUGCUCCGAACUGGCAGCAGUGGCGCUCUUCUUCACCGUCACCGCCUUCCUUAGCCUUCACGCCUCUGCCAAGUUAUUUGCUCGUAGAGCCCUGCUGACUGAAGUACUGUCAGGGGCCUGCUCCCUCGUUUACCUGCUGCCGGACUAUAUGUGGAUGCUAAGGGUCUUUGGGAGGACUUUUAUCUCAGUGCCUCUGGGCGACAUCUUGGCGUUGAACAUUGGUGUACCCUGCGCCCUCUAUGGCCACCUGGUCUACCUCCUGUUCCGAAUGGCGCAGCUUAGAGGCUUCAAGGGGACUUACUUGUGCCUGGUGCCUUAUUUGGUUUGUUUUACUUGGUGUGAGCUCUGCUUGGUGUUCCUCAAGAACGCCUCAGCCAUCGGCCUCAUACGAACCUGUGCGGGUUACUUCCUCUUCCUAUUCGCUCUGCCAGUUCUCUCCUUGGGACUGGCCGCGAUGCUCGUCAUUCAGCUACUGCAGUGGUUCGUGGCGCUGGAGAUCACCAAGAUGGCAGUUACGCUGACAGUCUGCUUUGUCCCGGUCGUCCUGAGGCUUUGGACCCGCUUCAGUCUGAACCCCAUUGUGGUGUUUCGCUCACUGUCCCGGAGCAGCAUAGUCAAACUCAUCCUGGUGUGGCUCAGUGCCGUGCUGCUCUUCUGCUGGAUGUACGUGUACAGGUCAGAGGGUAUGAAGGUUUACAACUCCACCCUCACCUGGCCAGAAUACAGCAACAUGUGCGGCCCAUUGGCGUGGAAGGAGUCCAACAUGGCCCAAACUCAGAUCCUCUGCUCACACCUCGAAGGCCACAGGGUCACCUGGACGGGACGCUUUAAAUACGUGCGCGUGACGGACAUUGAAAAUGGAGCGCAGUCGGUCAUCAACUUACUUCCUGUGUUGGUGGGGAAUUGGAUGCGUUGUCUGUACGGUCAGCCGUAUCCUGCAUGUGACAGGAUGGCAACUCCGCCAGUAGGGCCUCACCCUUUCUUGGCCCCACCGUUCCAAGACCCCCUGUGUAAACUCAAAAAACUCGCCAAGCACGAAUGCCAUGUGAAACGCUUCGACCGUUACAAGUUUGAAGUCACCAUGGGCAUGCCGCAAGAAAGGAAAACCAAAAAUGGAACGGUCGUGGAGGACGAAGACGCCACCAAGGACAUUGUUCUGCGUGCCAGCAACGAGUUCAAGUCAGUGCUGCUGCACUUGAACACGGGAAGCCUGGUGGAGUUCAGCACCAUCCUGGAGGGCCGCCUUGGCUCAAAAUGGCCUGUUUUUGAGCUGAAAGCCAUUCACUGCCUCUCGUGUGGCAACACCCGCCAGUCUAGCCGCAGACAGUAUAAGAUUGAACACGACUGGAGGCGCACGGUCCAGAGCGCUUUGCAGUUUGCCUUCGACUUCUUUUUUAACCCCUUCCUGACCGCACAGCUACACCAACUCUCUGACACUGACACUGUGACAGAUGUGACCGGGUCAUAG